UAGUUCAGUUAAGAAGCUCACGUUAUGUGAUUUUUGUCCAAUGUUUUUGUGGCGUUAACGUCAAGAAUGUGAAAAACCAUUCUUCCACAUUACAAAAGGACAGCAACAACACCAACACCACUUUGUUUUCUUCCAUUUCAAACUUCCUUGCUGUUUCAUCGAGUUCGGGUUUUCCUUCCAAAGCUUGAAGCUUUCUCCCAUAAUCUGUCACCCAGAUAAGUGUAUCUCUCUUCCUAAAUUCUGGGGUUUUGUUUCGACUUGAAUCCCAGUUGGGUUGUCCAUGUCCCUCUCUGGAAUAGGGUUUUUGUUGGCAUAAACAAGUCCUGAUUCAGAGGGAAGGACACGUUUGUGUUGAAUAUGUUACUCGAGCCAUUAUGGUAAGAGAAAAAUUUUAGAUUUCGUCCUUCAACUUUCACUUGGGCUUCAUAUAGGCUAUGUAUGUUCUAUUUAUGAAGCUGUUCAACUUGGUUAUGAUAAAAUAAAAUGCUUGUUUGUUGUAUCUAGUCCAUCAUUUCCUAGGUUUUGAAUACUUCCAUGUUAAUUAUAUCUAGAGUUAAUUCAGAUUGAAUUGUCUGUAUAUUUCUUUUCCUUUUUGGAAGGAUUUUUAAUUGGUUAUCUUGUGGUUUUGGUUUGACUGGAUUGAACUUUGAGUAGUGUGGUGUAAGAGAAGUUGUUGUUGGAAACUUUGGAUUAGUUUUCUUACUGUUGGAUUGUUGGGUUGAAAAUGGGGAAGAAAAAGAAGCAGGUAGGAGAAAUAAGGGAGGAUGGUAAAGUGGGAGAUAGUGGCCCCGGAGCAUAUGACAAUGAUACUAUGGUAUUUAUAUCCAUGUCUCAAGAAUUGAAGAAUGAGGGGAACAAGCUGUUCCAAAAGAGGGAUCUUGAAGGGGCUCUGCUGAAAUAUGAGAAAGCCCUCAAGUUGCUUCCGAAAAAUCAUAUUGAUGUGUCCUAUCUACGUAGCAACAUGGCUGCAUGUUACAUGCAAAUGGGACUCAGUGAGUUCCCUAGGGCUAUACAUGAAUGUGAUUUGGCUCUUGAGGUAACUCCGAAAUAUAGUAAAGCUCUGUUGAAGAGGGCAAGGUGCUAUGAGGCUUUAAAUAGGCUCGAUUUAGCUCUGAGAGAUGUCACCACUGUUGUGAAGAUGGAGCCAAAUAAUCUCAUGGCAUUGGAGAUCUUAGAAAAGGUGAAAAAUGUUCUUGAGGAGAAAGGGUUGAGAGUAGAUGAUACAAUAAUUGAGUUGUCUCCUGAUUAUGUUGAACCUCCUAAUGCUUUGCCUCCAGAAAAGGUAUUGAAAGAGAAGACACGCAAGAAGAAGGCCAAUAGAGAGGAAGAGAAAGCUCCUGAUGAGAAAAUUCUAGAAAAGCAAACUGAGGAGAAAUUUGAGGAGAAGAAGGCUGAGGGUGGGGGCAGUGUUAUAGUUGUAGAGAAGAAGAUCAAUGCGUCCAAGAAGAAGAAGGCCAAGGAAAAAAUUGACGAGAAGAAGGCCGAAAUCAAGGAAGUUAUUGAGGAAAGAAGUAAUGGUAGAAGGGAAGAUGUUCCUAAGAAAACAGCUAAACUUAUUUUUGGUGAUGAUAUAAGAUGCACUGAAAUUCCAUUUAAUUGUAGCCUUUUCCAGUUAAGAGAAGUUAUUUAUGAUCGAUUCCCAAGCCUAGGAGCUGUUCUUGUCAAAUACAGAGACCAAGAAGGUGACUUGGUCACGAUCACUUCUGAUGAUGAAUUAAGGUGGGCUGAAACAGAAUCUCAUGGUUCUAUGCGGCUGUACAUCGUAGAAGCUACUCCUGAGCAGGAUCUACUUUUUGAGAAACUUAAAGUAAAGGUGGGGAAAAUGGUUAGCAUUAAUGGUGCAUCUGAGAAUGGUUGUGUGGGAAAAGCAAAGGAAAUUGUUGGUUCUUCUUGCAUUGAGGAUUGGAUAAUUCAGUUUGCCAAGCUGUUCAAGAACCAUGUUGGGUUUGAAUCUGACAGAUAUUUGGAUUUUCAUGAACUUGGGAUGAAGCUCUAUUCUGAGGCUUUGGAGGAGACUGUUACAAGUGAAGAAGCACAAGGCCUAUUUGACAUGGCAGGUGAUAAGUUCCAAGAGAUGACUGCUCUUGCAUUGUUCAACUGGGGAAAUGUGCAUAUGUCUAGGGCAAGGAAGAAAGUAUAUUUCAGAGAAGAUUCUUCUAAAGAGCAACUAUGUGAACAAAUCAAAAGUUCAUAUGAAUGGGCACUGGAAGAAUAUUCAAAAGCAGGAGAAAAAUAUGAAGCAGCCAUUAAGAUUAAGUCAGAUUUUCAUGAAGGCUUCCUGGCACUAGGGCUGCAGCAGUUUGAGCAAGCAAAACUUUCUUGGUAUCAUGCACUCAGUGGUAAUGUAGAUUUGCUGACAUGGCCUUCCACUGAGGUUCUUCAUCUUUACAACAAUGCGGAGGAAAAUAUGGAGAAAGGAAUGCAGAUGUGGGAAGAAUCAGAAAAGCAGAACUUGAGUAAAACAUUUGAAUCAAAUGAUGUUAAAGUACAUUUGCAAAACACGGGGUUGGAUGGGAUUUUGAAAAAUGUAUCCUUAGAUGAACUUGCCGCACAGGAGACACAUAUGAGGUCUCAAAUAAACCUCCUAUGGGGUACCAUGCUAUAUGAACGCUCAAUUGUUGAAUUCAAAUUAGGGCUACCAAUAUGGCAUGAAUCUCUUGAAGUGGCAAUCAAUAAGUUUGAACUUGCAGGAGCUUCUCCAACAGAUAUAGCUGUAAUUUUGAAGAAUCACUGUUCAAAUGAUACUGCAGUAGAUGGUCUUGCCUUCAAAAUUGAUGAAAUAGUACAGGCAUGGAAUGAGAUGUACAAAGCUAAAAAGUGGCAGGGUGGAGUUCCAUCAUUUCGUUUGGAACCCUUGUUUAGAAGGCGAGUUUCAAAAAUUUAUCAUGCCUUUGAGCUUGCAUGAGUUGCCUGUUUUUCUUCUAGUACUUGAAGAGUGACAGAGCCAACAGUCACUUGGGCUGCUUCUGUGCCUGAAAUGCUAUUAUCAUCGGAAGUAAACACCUUUAUGCGUCUUUCUCAACAUAGUGUGGCCAUGACACAUCUUUGUUGCCAUUGGCACCAUCACGACAAUGGAAAACUCCAUGACUAGUCACCAUUUGCAAUGGUGACUAUUAUUUUAGGUUAUUGUUGCUACUUAAGAAUUUGGGUUCAAUAUUAUACUUGAAGAAAUUUUUCUUUUGAUGGCGUUUGCAUUUCCUAGAACGCAAGAAUCUACAAGUUCCAUUACACAUUGGGAAGAUGGCGUAGCAGGAAUUGCCUUUUACUUAGUUUCUGCCUUUGCUCAUUUUGCCUUCCCUUUAAUUAUUAGAUUUCUAGUGCUAUAGGAUGUUGAAUUUGUACCAAAAGCAGCGGAAGAUACAUGUUCUUUUUUCUUCUGUUAUUUAUCCAUUUGUAAGUUGCCACUACUCUUUGUUCUUUGUUGGGUUAGUCUCUUUCUGAAUGAGUUUUGCACGUACUAGACUAGAGUAUUAAGCUUACCGGGUUGUAAUGCAUUCUACAUAAAAUAUCAUAGAUAUGUUUUAAACUUCUUUAACGUGUAGAUUUUAUUUCUUAUC